CUCUCACUCCUAUGUUCCUCAUCUUUGCUAUUAAAGAACUUACGAUCUCCCGAGCCAUGUCAAUAAGCAAGUGAGAGAGAUAGAGAUUCUGGAAAGAAAUGGGUUUAACCCAAAACAAGCUCAAGUCUUUCCACCUCUUCCUCUUCCUCUUCCUCUUCUCUCUUCUCACUCUAACUCCCUUGGCUUUCUCUGAGAUCUUCUUUGAAGAGCAUUUCGAAGGUGGAUGGAAAAGCAGGUGGGUCUUAUCUGAUUGGAAGAGAAACGAAGGCAAAGCUGGCACCUUUAAGCACACCGCCGGCAAAUGGCCCGGCGAUCCCGAUAAUAAAGGUAUCCAGACGUAUAAUGACGCCAAGCAUUAUGCCAUUUCUGCAAAGAUUCAAGAGUUCAGCAACAAGAACCGGACUCUUGUUGUCCAGUACUCUGUCAAAAUCGAACAGGACAUUGAAUGUGGUGGCGCUUACAUCAAGCUCCUCUCUGGCUACGUUAACCAGAAGCAGUUUGGUGGUGAUACUCCUUACAGUCUAAUGUUUGGACCAGACAUAUGUGGAACGCAGACGAAGAAGCUUCAUGUGAUUCUAUCAUACCAGGGACAGAACUAUCCGAUUAAAAAGGAUCUGCAGUGUGAAACAGACAAGCUAAACCAUUUCUACACGUUUAUCUUGCGGCCUGAUGCUUCUUACAGCGUUCUGGUUGAUAACAAAGAGAGGGAGUUUGGAAGUAUGUACACAGACUGGGACAUCCUUCCUCCAAGGAAGAUUAAAGUUAAAAAUGCAAAGAAGCCAGUGGAUUGGGAUGAUAGAGAAUAUAUAGAUGACCCUGAUGAUGUCAAACCAGAGGGUUAUGAUUCGAUUCCUCGAGAAGUUAAAGAUCAGAAAGCUGAAGAGCCUGAGGACUGGGACGAGGAAGAAAAUGGUCCAUGGGAAGCCCCUAAGAUCCCAAAUCCAGCGUACAAAGGUCCUUGGAAAGCAAAGGUAAAUGGAUUCAACAGCCAUCAAUGGUUAUGCUUUUAUUUACUCAAUUUUUCUUCUACACCAUUUGAAUUUUUAUCAAAACAUUAUAUUUCCCUACAGAAAAUCAAGAACCCUAACUACAAGGGAAAGUGGAAGAACCCAUGGAUAGAUAAUCCAGAGUUUGAAGAUGAUCCAGAUCUUUAUGUUCUGAAGCCUAUAAAAUAUAUAGGCAUUGAAGUAUGGCAGGUGAAGGCUGGUUCGAUAUUUGACAAUAUCUUGAUCACUGAUGACCCUCAAUAUGCAAGAACCAUGGUGGAUGACUAUUUUGAGCAGCACAGGGAGUCUGAGAAGGAGUUAUUUGCGGAAGCUGAGAAAGAAAGAAAAGCUAGAGAAGAUGAGGAAUCACGGAAGGCAAGAGAAGAAGGGGAACGUAGAAGGAAGGAGAGGGACCACCGGUAUGGAGACAGGAGGAGGCGUUACAAAAGGCCUAAUCCACGUGAUUACAUGGAUGAUUACCAUGACGAGCUGUAACUGUCACAGUGGUGGCCGUUUCUGGCAGUGACAAACCAAUGGAAACAAGUGUUGAUGGAAAUAAGAGAUAUGUAGAGAACAUUUGGAAACUGUUGUGUGAUUGUAAUUUGUAACCUUUCUUGGGGGUUAAAUUGUAACCCUUAGUAUUCAUAUUCAUGUUAAAUGUAUUUUGGCAUGAAAACUGUUACCUGUUUUUUGGAUACUCACAAACCUAA